AUGGGUUCCUUUACUUCUAAACCCCAAAAAGCUGACCACAUCAGUGGUAAGCGAAAACGUUCAGUUGACGAUCAUCCUGACUGUCCUCCUGCCAAGAAAACUCGUCCCGCUCACAUCCCAGACGAGCAACACAUCAUGUCCUUUACACAAAACGCCGCUCUCCAAGCUGAAUGCAUCAGUAGGUAUCCCCGAGUCACUAAAACUGACCCCAAAGACAAGACCCGAGUGGUUGAAUCUCGCUGCAACGACCCCGGCGCUGGCAUCUCCGAGCAGCUCCAGAAGCUUAGAGCUGAUGCAAAGCUCACAUGCAACAAAAUACAUGAGGCCAUCAAGUGGUUUGACAAGAAUGUAGAUGUCGACAAUGAAGGACAGUUUGUUGAUGCUGACCAUGGUUUUUGGCUUGAAAUCGCGCUUAGUUCUGUCAAGGCCGAUCUUUUCUUGAUGGCUAAUCAAACUAAAGACAUCAUCGAGAAGAACUGCUCGAAUAUAGCAGAGUUGGUAGCCAGCGGCGAGCUAAACCGCUCGACUGUAGCGGACAGAAUCAGUGUCCAGCGGCAAGGAUGA